AUGUCAAGGUUGUCAUUUUUUGGCAGCGGCCUGGCAGUCUUGCUGCUCACCAACGGGCUUGCUAACAAAGGCGUUGUGAUAUACUGGCAAAUUGGGGCGAGGAAUCUCGUGGAUAUGAAAACUCAUUUGGCAUUUCUGGCGAAGGGGAGCGUCACUAAGCAGCGCCUUCGCCGACUGCUUGCCCCCUCGUCUUCAGAAGGGACCAAUUCUUAUCUUCAAAAAUGGUACCCUCUAUUCUAUGCCCAUAAGAUAGCUGUUUACUUGCCCAACCAAGCCAUGGAAGACACGGCCGAUACCUUGCCCAAAUUGCUCAAGUUUCAGAAGUUGGUGUCAGUUUCGCCUCUUACUGCCGGAGAGAUACAAAUCAGUUGCGGUGCAUAUGGAAAAAAGAUGAUUGACCGCUCUUUUGUUUGGGUCGCUAAAAGCGGUGGUACAUCCCAACCUAUGGAGUUCUAG